UUUCAAGAUGGCGGGCUUCCGCGAUCGAGAUAAACAACAUUUUCCGUUGCAAAGUAUCGAGUCAGUUGUAAGGUUAUUCAGAGACCAGUUACAUUGUACAGAUGAGCCUAACUUGGCACUGUUGUCUAUUAUUAUUGGAAGUAUAGAACAUACGCUGACAGUCAACAGGGCACUCCCACAGAACGUUGAUCUGUCAAAAACUUUGGAGCCGAUCUUCCCUAUCAUUGAUCUGCAGACGGUUGAAGCUCUGUACUGUAGGUUUGAGAGCUUGAUACGGGGAUCAGUAGACUUGACACAAUUCCCAGCGGGGAAAACAACAAGGCAGCUAAUCAAAAGAGUGUCAGACGUGGUUUGGAACUCGCUGUCAAGGAGUUAUUACAAGGAUAAAGCCCACCUGCAGACGCUGUACAGUUUAUUGACGGGUAACAAAUUGGACUGUUUUGGCCUUGCCUAUUCAGUUGUGGCAGCUUGCCAGGUCCUUGGACUGACCGAUGUCCACCUAGCUCUCUCAGAAGACCAUGCCUGGGUUGUGUUUGGGGAGAACGGAGAGGAGACAGCAGAGGUUACCUGGCAUGGCAAGGGAAAUGAAGACAAGAGAGGUCAGUCAAUUAGUAUGGGCGUGGCUGAGAAGAGUUGGUUGUACCUUAAUGGACACCCUGUAGUCUGUGAUAGAAAACUAGAAGUAGCCUCUCUGGUCUCUGGUAUCAACUGUUCCAUUAAUGCAAGCACAGAUAGUGUAGAGUUGGGAGACCUGCAACAGGAACUGCUAUGGCUGUUGUAUGACAUGGGUUUUCUGAAACGCUACCCUAUGGCUCUUGGAAAUCUAGGAGAUUUGGAAGAAAUUCAGCCCACUUCAGGUCGACCCACCCCCAUCGAACUGUUCAAGGAAGCCAUAGACACUGCUAGAACAUACUACGACAAUCAUCAUGUGUAUCCAUACACCUACAUGGCUGCCUACAUGUACAGGAAGAAGCAUUACAAGGAAGCAUUGAAGUACUGGGCAGAUGCAGCAAGUGUUAUCAAAAGGUUCAACUACAACAGGGAAGAUGAAGAAAUAUACAAAGAAUUCUUGGAGAUUGCCAAUGACAUGAUACCAAAUAUUGUGAGAGCUGUCACAUCUGCUGAGACACAAUCAAAACCCAGACUAGAAGAUGCAGCAGUGGUGAUUGCAGCACCCUCCGUUAGCCAGUACAAUCAGACACACAUUCUCCAUGACCCUGACUGCUACUCGUACCUGCUCCAGUUUUAUGAUGGGAUAUGUCAGUGGGAGGAAGGCAGUUCCACUCCAGUGUUACAUGUGGGUUGGGCACAGCAGCUGGUCUACACUCUGUCCAGAUUUGACCCCAAAGUCAGAGAAAAUAUGGAAGUUCAUGCUGAGGGUGAAAGAGAUGGUGAGGAUGAGGAGGAGGAGGACGAUGAAGAUGAUGAUGAUGAAGAAGAUGAUGAAGAGGCAGAAGAAAAAGCAGUGGGGGAUAAAGUGAAAAGUGAAAGGGUGUCAUCUGUAGCAAAAGAAUUAGUUGGUGAAAGUAAAGUCCUUAAAAGAGGAAGGGGCAGACCCAAAAAGGCCCCGACCAAUGCUGUGAAUGGUGGUGGAGAAGUGAGAAAUAAUCAGGAAAAGGCAAAAUUCCCAGAACAGUCAGAGGAGGAUAAAAAAGAAGAACAAAUCAAGUCUACUAUCGAGGAACUAGCAUCCAAGGUGGGUGAGGGUUCGCAGAAUGAGACACCUAACCCUAACAUUGCAGCUCUAGCACAGGCAUGUGGAGAAUCUAUUCUCAACCCAGACUACUUGUUGGGGAGUGGCGAACCUUUCAACAGUGAAGCUAAAGUUGAAAUCAGUGAAUUUUUGAGCUCUAAAACCAACAGCAGUCCUUUUGCAGGCAUGACCAUGGACUCUAUGCUUAAGGCAGAAAGCCCUGCAGAUUUUAAGUUAUUCAAAGGAAUGAUCAGACCCGCCAGUGCCAGGUCACAGAGAGAGACACCGAUUUCUGGUCUGACUGCAGCAGCCAAUGGACAGCAUGGACUUGUGCUGCACAGUGAGAAAAUGAAAGGACUAAAGAGUUUGCUAACAGCAACUAAAAUGAACGCUAGUGCCAUUAAAUUGCAGCUGACAGCCCAAUCUCAAGUCCAUUUAAAACACACCAGUAAGAGGGGAUUUGAUGUGGAAGUGGGUGGCGCCAGACCAAAGCGUACAAGAAGAGAAUAGUGAUAGUUAUGGCUUGUUAGGAUGGUAUUUUGUGUUUGGAAGUUAUCUUAUAUUGCUGGGAACUCCUUGAUUGUUUGGGUUUUUUUUCUUCAGUUAAAUGUUUGUAACAGAAAAUGGUUACCUUUAUGUUCAAUAUUGUAUGUCAUACUGGGGAGGUGUGUGUUUUGUGUUGUUGUACUUUUUUUUAAAUAUUUAAUUUGUGACUCUUUGAAUUCAGGUUUUUGAAAGUCAAAAAUGGUGAUUAACCAAAUUAUGAGAUAUGUUUUGUUAAUGUAAUGAGAAGUUGUUUUGAAUGUGUGACACAAAAAAGAUAAAGGAACAUGCUUUAAAUUUUGCAAUAAUCUUUUUGUUUGUUGUUUAAUUGUUUUUAUAAAUACAUGUACAUGUAUGCCACUUUUCGACACUAGUCAUUGUUAUUUGCGAUUAUAUAGGACAAAAGUAUAAAAUAAUUUGAGGAAACAGAAUGCCUCUGCUCCCUUUUAUGAAAUAUCUGUUUUAUGAUCAACUGCUAUUUGCAGUGGUUGAUAUCACAGAAGCUGCAGAAAAUGAGACCCAAUAUGACAUUUAGCCCUUAGCUUAGUUAAAGUAGUCAUUUCCCACCUUUUUUUUUUUUUUUUUCUUUUAGAAACAGGAAAGAAUCAAAUGGUGUUUGAAGGAACUAUAAAUAAUCAUCAUUACUGUAUGUGGUUUUAUUCAGCCAGUUAUUGUUAGCUUUUAAAUUAAUUUAUUGACAUGUAUAUUUAAUGUCUAGCUUUUAUGAUGUUUACACUUUAUUCUUGUGGUUUAUAAUUUUUGUCUGUUUCCAACUUUUAUCUUUAGUCAACCAACUCUUCUUUUCCUUUUUGUUUUGUUGUUGACAAUUGAGGAACUGGUCUUCUUUUCCAGUAUAUUGUAUGUAUGUAUUAUAAAAUUUAUUGUGAUAUUCUUUAGCUUGAAAAUAUUUUGAUAAAUUGAAAUUAAUAGAGUACAAGGUUCCUGUUAAUGUAAUUUUGGAUUUAGACAGUUUGGUAAUAAUCAUCAAGUCAGUUUUUUGUUUGUUUGUUUGUUUGUUUGUUUGUUUGUUUGUUUGCCAUAUAUAUGGCAGGAUGCAUGUUAACGCUUUACUUAGUUCUAUUAAUAUAUCAUUUCACACAUCAGUAUGAGAAAUUUGUUAAAUCUAGUAGAAAACAAUUGGAAAAUUUAAAUGGGGAUCCUCUGAGAUAGACUCAAAGGAGGCUAUCAGCACUCCUUAAGUCACCCAAAACUGGGAAACUUGCAAGAAUCCUUGUAAGAUGGGGUUAACUUUUCAGUGAUAAGGGUGAAACUGUGUGGAAACUCACUUGAUUUUACACUAAGUCACAAGUCUAAAGGCUUUAGACUGUCUCAGUUGAUCCCCAUUUGUUUCCUUUCUCAAAGGGCUUAAUGUUUCUUUUUACUGAUGUGUCCAAAUACCAUUUUGUGGAUGGUUAGUGAACAGGAUGCCAAGUCUUACAGAAGACUUUUCAAAAAAAUUUCCGGGUAUAAUGGAAUAUUAAAUAUGUCCCUUUUCAUGACUAAGUUACUGUUGGAUAACAUUUGUCAAGAUAUCUAAUGUUUAAGUCUUUUUCUCAGACAAGUUUGACACAAACUACUGAUAAAUAAUGUUGCUUUAUAGGUUCCUAUGUUACGAUUACCAAAUAAUGUGUUAGGUAGUACACUUUCAUGUACCAAGUAACUUUGAUGAGUUUUUUUCCCUCUAUUCCAUUCUAUUUGGGUUCACCUGCACGAGACUUGUUGAAUGAGUUAGAUAGUAGCUUAAAAGCAAAUUUGAUGUUCAUGAUAAUUGAUGAAUCUCUAGCACAUAUUGUCUUUGAGGCUUUUUGAAGUGUUAUGUAUCACUGCAUUCUUGUAAUUUCUGCAAUUAUCUCAUUAAAAAAUUAAGAACGAAGACAACACUUUGAAAGGCAGCUUUUCAUUCAUUGUGGUAUUUCUUGCUGCAGCAGGUCUACGGCAUGAUUUUUCUUACAGGUGUGCCUUCAAAAAUUGAAAAUAAUCAGUUUAUUUAGAAAUUAAGAUUUAAAAUAUCAGAAUUGUUGUAUUAUAUGCUUAGGAGUGAUAAUGAAUAAAUAUGCAGGGUUUUUUUUUCCAAGGUCAAUCCUGCUGCUGUAGUUAGUGAAAAGUUAGUCAAAAUGUUAGUUGCUCUGUUAGUAGGUCUGUUACAUAUCGUUCUUGUAAGAAAUUGUCUACUUCUUGAGUGAAGUUUUUAGUGUAGUUGUGAAGGGUAAAAUCAUUGAAAGAAGGGGCAGUAAGAAAAGAAAUAGUCAUUUUCUGUUCGGCUCACUCUGCAUAGAGCAGAUGUGAAUGCGCCUGUUGUGUGUAUGCGUGUUCACACUCUAGGCUUCAUUCAAUUGUGGUCGUAUAUCUCUUCUCUUUAGCUCUGAUCAGGCAGAGUCCAGGGAUCUUUGUUGUUUAGAAAGGUUGAUAUGCACAAACUCAUAACUUGCAUGAAAUACUUUGAUGAAGUUGGAUAUGUUGUUACAGGAUGUUGGGUUAAAUUUGGCAUGCAACUGAUGUUUGUAAAGGUCACAAUGGAAGAAGAGGCAUAUAACUGUCAGAUUCACUUCCACAUGGUUUGCUUUUAUAUACCUAGAAGGUCUUGUUUGAUUCAUUGGAGAUGCCACUAAUUAACUUCUUCGUGCAGUUAUGUGAGUUUUGGUGUAGAAAUGGAUUUUAUUGAUUCCAUUUUCAGGAUUUUGUUUAUCAGGGUUUUGAAAAUCCUGAUCAUUUGAUUACACACAUUAAGGGAUAUUGGCAUAGAUUUAAUGGAAUGGAUCACUUUAGGUAGUCUAGCACUGAGUCAAAAUAAAAAAGAGAUUGAACAGAAUAGAUAGUUGAUAAGAUGAAUUUUCUUAAGCUCCAAGAGGUUUUUCCUGUCUUAUGAUAGUUUAUAACACAAGUGGUAUAGAAAAUCUAGAGUCCAAUUAUGUCACACUUUUACUUUCUUCUGAUAGAAAGUUGAUAAGACCUAUUGUUUAGUGGAUUUUUAUUUUUUGUUCAUAGUUCAAAAACUUGGCAUAUCUCUUUGCCCUGUGCAGUAUAUAUUUUCGGAAAAUCAUGAAUUAUGGAAACAUUUUCUUUCUAUUGAAUGAUGCUCACCAAGUUCUUAAGUGUAGAUUUUUCAAAAGAAGCAAACUGAAUGAAUGUUGUAUAUUGUUUAAACAUUGUUUAUGUAAGGUUUAUUCAACAGAAAGGCAGCAAAGACUUGUGCAUAUAAAACAUUUCUCAAGGUCAUAUUUACUUUUUAAUUGAUAAUUGAAUGACAUUGAGAUUGAAAUGUUUGAAAUUAAUUAAAUUGAAUGCAUUUUUUCAAAUCAUGACUGAGGCAUGCUUUGGAUUUUACUUAAGUUCAUGGAUGCAAUGGAAAGAUGUGAUUCAAGUGCUGUGUAGCUCUCAGGAAUAAGUGUGGAAUGGGAUAGAUAUCUGCACUGUACAUUUUUUACAGGAUAAGGGAUGGUGUAUUUAAUUAGGAAUCCUUAAUUCUAGUAUUUGGUGUCAGGUAGUGAGAUAUCUGGAAGGGAUGCAGGGUUUAUUUUUAAGUUUUGUUGGAGGGUCUUUCAGAAAAGAACAGCUGAAAAUGGCUUUAGUUUCUGCUUUUAGAUUCUAGUUAGGCUAUGCUUUAAUUAAUUAAAUUUCAUGUUGUAUUGUGGGUUUUACUAUUUAAUGUAUUGUUACUUGGUAAUCAUAUUUAGCAUUCCAUUUCCAGUUAUCAAAAAUGUUGUUUUAAUCACUGUACUGCUGUGUGUGAAGACGGUUAAGAAGCCUCUGCAUCAGUUCUUCUCAUCAAAAAUUCUUAUCUGCUUUUUGUUAUCAAUUCGUGCCAAACUUGAUUUCAAAAUAUUAUGCUAUAAACAACAGACAUCCAGCCUUGCUGCAGCAAGAGGCUUAUGUUGAUGACAAUAGUUAAUUGCUGAAACCAAUCUAAAUGAUAUCCCACUCAAAUGUUUGUUUUAUUCCAAUGUACUCUAUAUAAGAAUUGUAUCGUGAAAAACCAGGUUCAUGCAGACUGGGCAUAAAAUGUGUUCUUUGAGAAGAAGACACUUGGUAAAAGAUAAGUAAGCAAAGUAUUAACAUUAUCUCUUGGGAUAGUGAAAAUAAAGCUAUUUUUUGUCAAAGAAAUAGUAUAUUUAUUUGGUUUUUUGGCACUUGAAGGUGUGAAAUGGAGGAGUUUAGAUGAGGCCAAAUUUUAGAGUCUAUGCGAUUUGUCAGUGUGUUUUUUUGUUUUUGCAAAAUACAACUGCUACUCGGAGCUUUUAUGCUUUUUUUUU